GGAACACUAUAGAUGUGCGACGGAAGCAAUGGGAACAUGGCGGCUGCAGUGGUACAAAUGUCCUGUAUGUACCGAGGGAUGUUAGCGGUCAGAGCCGCCGGCAUCAGGCAGCUGAUCCCCGGCGUCGUCCCGCGGCAGUUCCGAGCCUUCUCGGUACGGAAGGAACCGGAACUGGAGGAGAACCCGUAUUUCUCCAAGUACCAGGACAAGAUCCAGAAACUGCGCAGGUCAGCGGGCUGAAAUCCGAAACCCCGUCAGAAAACGCCAAACCUCAGGAGUUCAAGGCCCGAAUGGAGAAACGGCAUGACGCCAAGAAGGAGGUGCUGGGACACUCCAAGCAGGCAGAGUUCGUGAAGCUCAUGGAGCAGGAGUUGGAGAAGCGGGACAAGAUGGCCGCCAGCGAUGGAGGAUCAGGAGGUUUCACCAGAAACAAGACGUUGGGCUCCAUCCUCAACCUGGAGAUGAUCCAGGACAAGACGGGAGAGGAGAUCACAGAGCUUUGGAUGAAAUAUUAUUCAACCAAGGACACAAUCAGUGCCGUCAUCCCGACUCAGACAUACGACAUGAUUUUCAGCAGAGCAACGUCCUGCCCAAUGUUUCUGUACGCGUUGCCUCAGAAGGAGGGUUAUGAGUUCUUCGUAGGUCAGUGGUCCAGACACGAGCUCCACUUUACCUCCCUCAUCAACGUCCAGACGCUGGGUGAGAACGCUCCCAGUCAGCUGAUCCUCUACCACUACCCGGACCUGAAGGAGGAGAAGGGUGUCGUCUUCAUGACGGCCGAGUUGGACCCAAAGUUCAUAACUGUCCACCAGGCUCAGUGUUUAGCCAAUCAGGUGCAGCUGUUCUACGGCACACAGAGGCAGGAGACGUACCGACUGGUGGAGACGUUUAACCACAAGCCCGCAGACUUCAAACACAUGCUGGUGAUAGCAGAGCUGGAGCAGAGCGGCCUGGGGCAGGCGCUCAGCCCCGGAGGCUCGUAGGGGGAGAAGAUGAAGAUGGACUGAAAUCACCGGCGGCCUGAUGUCAGAACUGUUAGAGAGAUGUUUGCUUCUUUGCUCAGAAGAAAUAUCGGUUCGUCAUAUUUAAUGUUUCCAGCAGCGGCUGUGAAUCAAGAGAAUUAACUUUACAGGAGCAUCAAUGUCUUCUAAUGAACUCAUGAACUCUUUCUGGGACUCGGAUCGUCUCAGAUGUCUCCUACGCAUCUUUUCAGUGUCAGUAAAUCUGUAACCACAGGAGAAUAUUAAUGUGUUAAUGAUACAUUCAUUAAUAAAUCAAUGCAACUGUGUCCAAUCCUCCA